GCAGGUGCUACGAUCUUCUCGAGAUGAUGAUGCUGAGAAGGAGUCAUUCCGGGCAGAUCAGAGGUGUUUUCUUUAACGCUUUUCUCGCUGGAGUGACCACAUUAUUGAUCUAUCAAAAUAUCGCAAAGGCGGACGAAGUACCAGCGUUUUUUCUCAAAAUCGCAAAAAUACCUACCGUACCGCGGGUAGGACGAAGCGGCAAGUUUGAGGACUUUUUUUACAAAGCCGAGAAGCAUAUUCCUCGAAUUGGAAGAAAUAGUCAGUCAAACGAUCCUCUACCGCUGCAAAAUGAGCAGGAGGCUUAUUCUGAUUUGACGAAAAGGCGAAUCGAUUACUCCUCGAAAGGUGUGUCGCAAGACUCAUGGUCCUGGCAGAACUUCCCCCUUGCAAUUGAAGGUCCAAAAGAGUUAUGGCGAACAUUAGCUCUGUAUGCCAGAGACGAUACUGAUGAUAUCGAUAACGAAGUGUGGCACAGAAGGAAGAGAACUGGAAGUAAAUCAGUGAUCACGCAAACCAAUUAGCACGAAUGUAAGGAUCUCUUGUGGCUUUGGGGAUGCUAAACGCAAAUCCUUAUAUAGCCAUUGCUGCUAUGGUGACGGGUUAUA